AUGGUUUCUGAAGUCACAAAAGUGGAUUCACCAAAGGGUUCUCGAUUCAAAGACCCGGGAUGGACCAUCACGUCCAGGCCUCAAACAGACAGACACAUCUGUUGCAAGAGACUGAACAAGCCCCCGUCCUCACAUGAGCCAAGACUGGGAAAGUCAAAACACAUUAGCAAGCUGAAACACAAACAUGAAAGGAAACCUCCGUCUCACUCAUCUUCCUCCAACGCCUCCCUGGUGGUUCGCGCGCGCCCGGUGUCUCCCCCUAACUGCCUGCAGGCCACAUCAAUAACAACAGCCUUCAAGUACAUCAACACCGUUAUGUCCUGUAUCAUAUUUGCUGUGGGGAUCAUUGGAAACGCCACCCUGCUCAGGAUUAUCUACCAAAAUAAAAGCAUGAGGAAUGGACCCAACGCUCUGAUAGCCAGCCUGGCCCUCGGAGACCUGAUAUACAUCGCUAUUGACAUACCAAUCAACGUCUACAAGCUCCUCGCGAUGCGGUGGCCGUUUGCAGACAGCGCGUUUGGUCUGUUCCUCUGUAAGCUGUUUCCCUUCCUGCAGAAAGCUUCAGUCGGCAUCACCGUCCUCAACCUGUGUGCUCUGAGUGUCGACAGGUAUCGUGCAGUGGCAACCUGGUCACGGGUGCAGGGCACUGGUGUUCCCACUGUAACGGCGGUGGAGAUCGUCCUGAUCUGGCUGCUGUCCAUGACGCUGGCCGUGCCAGAGGCCGUUGGCUUCAACAUGGUCACCUUUGACUACAAGAAUGUUACCAUGUCCACCUGCAUGCUGCAGCCAAAGACGCCGUUCAUGACUUUCUAUAGGGAUGCAAAGGACUGGUGGCUGUUUGGGUUCUACUUCUGUGUACCUCUGGCCUGCUCUGCUGUUUUCUAUGGCCUGAUGACCUGCGAGAUGCUCAGACACCAGAAAGGAAGUCUGAGGUUCGCACUGAGUGAACACCUUAAACAGCGUAGAGAAGUAGCUAAAGCGGUCUUCUGCCUGGUGUUGAUCUUUGCUCUGUGCUGGUUUCCACUUCAUCUGAGUCGCCUGCUGAAGAGGACUGUCUACAAAUCCCAUGAUGCACACCGCUGCGAGCUGUUAAAUUUCCUCUUGGUGCUCGACUACUUCAGCAUCAACUUGGCAACCAUCAACUCCUGCAUCAAUCCCAUAAUCCUUUACUUUGUCUCCAAGAAGUUCAAAAACUGCUUCAAGUCCUGCCUGUGUUGUUGGUGUUAUUCUGGCUCUCUCUCCAACAGUAUGCAGCCUCUCCACCAUGGGACGAGUCUGCAGUACAAACACACUGACCACUGACAGAGAGAGAGAGAAAGUCUAUAUCUUGCAAUCUGCACAACGA